AUGGACCCCUUGAUUUCUCGCGAAUUGUCCAGGCUGGACCCCGCGGUUCCGUUCCGCGCAUCCUCAGGCCACUUGCAUUCUACGUGGGCCAAAACCUUCUUCUCGCGCCCCGAGCUUUAUGUCCGACCUCAGUCCAUCCCCGAGGUCCAGAAGCUGUGGCCACUCCCCUCCGACCUGACCUGCACCUCAUCAUGGCUUGUCAAUCUCGACGACUUCCAAAAGGUCCUCAGCAUCGAUGAGUCUACUCGAACCGUGACCGUCGAAGCGGGCAUCCGAUUAAGCGAACUCGGAAACCGACUGGAGGAGCACGGCUUGACACUUCCGAAUCUGGGCAGCAUUGACAGUCAGUCGAUCGCGGGGGUGAUUGCGACAGGCACUCACGGCAGUUCCCUGAGACACGGACUGCUUUCGGAAUGCAUCGAGUCGCUCCGCCUGGUGCUGCCGAACGGUCAGCUGGUGCGCUGCGGCGCCACUAACAACCCUAGUCUUUUCCGCGCGGCUUUAAUUUCCCUGGGUGCCCUCGGGAUUAUCGUCGAAGUCACCUUCAAAGCCAGACCGGUGUUCAACAUCGCUUGGCGCCAAGAACGAUACUCACUUACUCAAGUGCUGAACGAAUGGUCCGCCGGUCUCUGGACAUCCCAUGAAUUCGUUCGCGUCUGGUGGCUUCCAUAUGAGAAAGGCGCAAUCGUCUGGCGCGCGGACCCGACCGACCGCCCCUUGCAAGCGCCUCCCAAGAACUUCUACGGUGAAUGGUUCGGUUACCACAUCUACCACAACCUGCUUGCGCUGUCCUCGUAUUUCCCGCGCAUCCUGCCCUGGGUUGAAUGGUUUGUGUUCGGCUUGCAGUACGGCUUUCGCCCGGGACGAACCGUGACCGAAGCCGUUGAGCCCAGCCGCACCGGGCUCCUGAUGAACUGUCUGUAUUCUCAAUUCGUCAACGAAUGGGCUCUCCCUCUUGAGCAAGGGCCUGAGGCUAUCACCCGCCUCUCGGCCUGGUUGCACGGCGACCUAGCGACCGCUCGAAUCCCCUUCUCCAGCAAGGACUUGUGGGUGCAUUGCCCCGUCGAGGUGCGAGUCUCGGACUCCACCAAGAAUUCUAACCCCCGGCCUUUCCUCGAUCCAACUUGUGAUGACGGCCCCACUCUCUACCUAAAUGCCACCCUCUAUCGUCCUUACCUUCGCGAUCCACCGUGUUACUUGCGCUACUAUGAGGCUUUUGAGUGGCUCAUGCGGGACAUGGGCGCCCGUCCGCACUGGGCUAAGAACUUCAAGACGCUCGAUUCGACGGAGUUGCAUCGGUUGUACCGCGAGAACAUGGACGAGUGGAUGAAGGUGCGGCAAGAGGUUGACCCGGAGGGCAUGUUCCUUGGUGAAUGGCACCGGCGGAACCUCCCUUUCCUCCGACAUGGGAAAAGCUCCGACGACCAGCUCCCUCUGCUAGAAGGCGAGAAGGAGCGUCGGAUCUUUGAUCGGCGCGUGGCAGGCGACGGGAUGGAAUGGAUUGGAGAGGAACGAUGGCGGGGUCCCAGCGUGGAGAACUCCCGAGCAUUGCCUGACCCCGCGUCUAGCCCAACGGCUGCUAGUGAGGAAAGCUUCGAUUUGCUUGCGAAAGGUGAAGCCAGUAUCGUACUUCCCGAUACGAUGCUUGGAGUAUGA